UAAUUCAAUAGGGCACAAAUCAUAAUAAUAAUAAAAAAACGAAAGAACUUAACUGAAGCACUAAACACUGUUGAUUGCGUGUGUGGGAUGUGGCAACAUCAUCUGGUGGAUGCAACGUGGUAUAAAAGAUGCAACAAAUGCGACAACUGCACACAGAAGCCAAACGACUGCAAUGCCAAGCGCAACUGGAACCUUUGGCCUGAUCCUGCUGCUAAGCGGAGUGCUGCUCGGCAUAGAAGGAUUACCCACUGCUGAUGUGGUUACUCAUGCACCACCAGAUAACUCCAUUGUGGAGGCGCGUGCUCACAAAGAGGAUCAGGAUGCGCUGGACGUAGACGACGACUUGGAUGGCCGCAGCGCCUAUGUGAACAAUCAAUUUGUGCCCAAUGAACCUGUCGAGCUGCUGGACGACGAGCAGAAUGCACCGCUCUAUGAAAUACUGCAGAAGCAGAUGGAGCAAGUUCUCGCUGCAACCGGACCUGAUGUGCCCAUCUACGCGGACGAUAAGACUAAGCGCCAGCGGCUGCAACAGCCACCGAAUAAACCGCUUUUCACCAGCAACAAUGAAGCGGAAGCAGAUGACGAUUAUGUGGAUGAGACGGUGCCAGAAUCCGAGCAAGGUGACAUCGAUGCGGAGAAACCAGAUGCAGCAGCAACUGCAGAGGAGCAGCUGCCAGAAACGAACUACCAAGUGCAGCAGCAGCCAAUCCCUACUUCAAAGCCAGCCAGCAGCUCCAGCUCCACAAGAAGACCUCAGCGCAGACGCACCACAACUGCAUUGCCACGCACAACGCGUUCGAAGACUGAGCAGCAAUCGAAAGUGACGUCGACAACAGUGAGUCCAGAGCUGACAAGUAGCACAACUGCAGCUCCUGCUUCUACCUCCGCCUCCAAUCAAAAGCAACGUCCCCACUCCAAGCCGAAUCCCAAUCUGAACAACAGUUUGCCGCACGAUCCGCAAAUCUAUCAGCACAAGCGUCGCAUCAUCUUCAAGACAAUCUCGACAGGUUCACAAUUUGUCAACUCUCCCAUUGGUGAUCUGAUGAUCAAAUUCUCCAUUGGCUUUGCAAAGCCUGCCGGUCAGGCUACAGCAACACCUUCUAGUGAGAUGUUGCGUGCCUUCUCCAAUAACCUGUUGCGCAACAUUGAGUUGCAAAAGUUGAAAAGAGUUAAAGUGCAGAAGGAUUAAUAAAGUAUGUG